AUGGCCUCUCUAAAGCUGCCCUUCUCACCAGAUAACAACCCUUUUGAGUCCAAGAAACUGAUAUCCGCUUUAUAUUCCUCAAAUUUUGCUUCAAGUUCCCUCUUUUCGGGGUAUGUGUGCACAAGCGGGGCAAUUUAUGUGAAGCCCUUUUGUAAACUGAAGCACUAUAGGGUUGCUAGGUUGAAGGAUGAGCCUUCGAACACAUCUGAGGCUAACUCGGAUGGUAUUUUAACCGAUAGCCGGAGAAAUGUGGCUGACGAGGGUAAUUUGACUACCGAAAGCCAAGAUUUUCUUGAUAAAGGGAGAGUGAAUACCUGGAGAAGGUCCCGGGGUGCUAAGAGAGUGAGAGGAAGCACCAAAAGUAGUUCAAGUGUUUAUAAAAAUGUCAGCAGAUAUAAGAAAAGAGAAAGUUCCAUGGAUGAUUUAGAUUUUGAUAGCAUCAGGCCUGAGUUGAGCUCCAGACAAUGUAAUUUGAUCCUACAGCAGCUCGAGAGAAGUGAUGACAGCAAAGCUUUGAGGUUUUUCGAGUGGAUGAAAGUAAACGGGAAGUUGAGAAGGAAUUCGCCCGCCUGUAAUUUGAUUCUGAGAGUCUUGGGUAGAAAAUCGGACUGGGACGGGGCAGAAGCUCUUGUUAAGGAGAUGGUCAGUGAUUUGGAUUGCGAGCUUACUUUUCGGGUUUUCAAUACCCUCAUAUAUGCUUGUUACAAGAGUGGGCUCGUGGGUUGGGGCAGUCGUUGGUUCAGAAUGAUGUUGGAUUAUAAUGUCGAGCCGAAUGUUGCCACUUUCGGGAUGCUUAUGUCUCUUUAUCAAAAAUGUUCUGUUGUUGAGGAGGCAGAGUAUACGUAUUCCCUGAUGAGGGAUCGAAAAAUUACAUGCCAAUCUGCUUAUUCGGCUAUGAUCACGAUUUAUACGCGCAUGGGCUUGUAUGAAAAAGCAGAAAUUGCCAUUGGCUUCCUGAGAGAAGACCGAGUAGUUUUAAAUCGAGAGAAUUGGUUGGUAGUGCUAAACGCUUAUUGCCAGCAGGGCAAGUUAAGGGUUGCCGAACGGGUCUUUUGUGAGAUGAGCGAAGCUCGUUUUUUGCCCUGUUUAGUUGCGUACAACACUAUGAUUACUGGAUAUGGGAGAAUUUCAGAAAUGGAUUGUGCAGAAACGAGCUUCCGAAAACUUACAGAAAUCGGUUUUGUACCCAAUGAGACGACAUAUAGGUCGUUGAUCGAAGGCUGGGGUCGAGCGGGCAAUUACGAGAAGGUGAAGUUUUACUAUAAUGAACUCAAGAGGCUCGGGUUUGAGCCGUAUUCGUCAAACUUGAACACUUUGAUAAGAUUGCAGGCCAUGCAUGAAGAUGAAGAGGGUGCCGUAAAGACAAUCGACGAUAUGAUGAUGAUUGGUUGUCAAAAAUCCUCGAUUUUUGGAAUUGUUUUGCAGGCGUACGAGAAAGCUAAUAGACUUGAAAAGAUGGCUUUGGUAUUGGAAGGUCCUUUAUAUGAUCAUGUUCUCAUAAAUCAGACAUCAUGCACAAUUCUUGUAACAGCGUAUGUAAAAAAUUGUUUGAUCGAUAAAGCAAUUAAAGUGCUGACCGAGAAGAAGUGGGUGGACCCCAUGUUCGAGGAGAACUUGUACCAUCUCCUAAUAUGUUCGUGCAAGGAUUGGGGCCGUCUCGAAAAUGCCAUCCGAAUAUUCACCAGCAUGCCAAAACCUGCUAAGCCGAAUUUGGGCAUCUACUGCACCAUGAUAGACAUCUACAGUAAAACGGGCGUUUUUUCUGAAGCCGAGAUGCUUUAUGCUCGACUGAAAGCCUCGGGUGUCAAAAUGGACAUGAUAGCCUUUAGCAUCGUAAUCAGAAUGUAUGUCAAGUCUGGUGCUCUGAAAGAGGCUAGCAAAGUUCUUGAAAUAAUGGAUGAACAGAAGAAUAUCGUGCCUGAUGUUUAUCUUCUUCGGGAUAUGUUCCGCAUAUACCAGCAGCUUGGCAUGGAUGAUAAGCUGUCGAACUUGUAUUAUAAAGUCUUGAAAAACGGCGAGAUUUGGGACGAGGAAAUGUAUAAUUGUGUUAUAAACUGUUGUGCUCGUGCAUUGCCUGUGGAUGAGCUCACGAGGCUCUUUGACGAAAUGAUUAGUCGAGGGUUUUCCCCAAACACCUUCACCUUCAACGUCGUGCUUAAUGCUUACGGAAAAUCGAAGCUGUUUGAGAAGGCGAAAAGGGUAUUCGGAAUGGCUAGGAAACGGGGAUUGAUCGACGUCAUAUCUUACAAUACCAUAAUCGCCGCUUAUGGGAGAAAUAAAUACGUAAAGAAUAUGUCUUCGGCCAUCAAGAAAAUGCAAUUUGACGGUUUUUCGGUUUCGGUUGAAGCCUAUAACUGCAUGCUUGACGCGUACGGGAAGCAAGGCGAGAUGGAUAAAUUCAAAAGCGUUUUGCAGAUGAUGAAGGCAUCUAAUUGUUCGCCCGAUAACUAUACUUAUAACAUCUUAAUCAACAUAUACGGCCAACAAGGGUUGAUCGAAGAAGUUGGUGGCGUGUUGAUGGAAUUGAAGGAGUGUGGGGUGAGUCCCGAUUUGUGCAGCUACAACACGUUGAUAAAAGCGUAUGGGAUUGCGGGUUUGGUCCAGGAUGCAGUGGAUUUGGUCAAGGAGAUGAGAGAAAAUCAAGUCGAGCCGGAUAAGAUAACUUAUCACAAUCUAAUUUCUGCAUUGAAGAGGAAUGAUAUGUUUCUUGAGGCUGUAAAGUGGUCCCUGUGGAUGAAGCAGAUGGGCUUUUAA